CCGGGCGGAGGCGGGAGCCGGACCGCUGCCCGGAGCGCCUCCUACUCCUUCGCUGUCUCCUCUCCCCGCUCAGGGGCUUCUCCAGGCACGGCGGGCCGCAUGCCCCAGGGGCCAAGGGCGACGCUGGGGGGCCAGGCCUCACGCUGGGCGCCCCCGGGCGCCGCCUCCCCUGCCCCUUCGCUUUUGUCGCGGGGCGCUUCGCCAAGCCUGGCCCGCCGCCUCAGCCUCGGACGACGACGCCUCCGUCGCCUCCGCCUCCGCCUCCCCCGCCUCUGGCCCAUGGAGCUCUCCCCGCGCCUGCCCUGCCGAUGCCCCGCCAGGGACGCCCCCGGGAGGCGACGAGCCAGGAGGGGGCCCUUCGCCAGAAUAUCUUCAAGAUUCCCAGAAAUCAUGUCAGUAGGAUCACACUCAUUCUCCCCAGGAGGCCCUAAUGGGAUUAUUAGAAGUCAAUCCUUCGCUGGCUUCAGCGGUCUUCAAGAAAGGCGAUCCAGGUGCAAUUCGUUUAUUGAGAAUUCCUCUGCACUCAAGAAACCUCAGGCAAAAGUGAAGAAAACGCACAAUUUAGGACACAAGAGCAGCAGCACAUCUAAGGAACCUCAGCCUGAAAGGAUGGAAGAAGUCUACAAAGCCCUAAAGAAUGGACUCGAUGAAUAUCUUGAAGUGCAUCAAACGGAGCUAGAUACGUUAACAGCUCAGUUAAAGGACAUGAAAAGAAACUCACGUCUGGGAGUGCUAUACGAUCUUGAUAAGCAAAUGAAAGCAAUUGAAAGAUAUAUGAGAAAGCUGGAGUUCCACAUCAGCAAGGUUGAUGAGCUCUUUGAAGCAUAUUGUAUCCAAAGACGGCUGCGUGAUGGUGCGAGUAAAAUGAAACAAGCAUUUGGGUUGUCCCCUGUCAGCAAGGCAGCUCGGGAGAGUUUGUCUGAAAUCAACAAAAGCUACAAAGAAUACACAGAGAACAUGUGUACUAUUGAAGGGGAACUGGAAAAUCUAAUGGGAGAGUUCAGCAUCAAGAUGAAAGGUCUGGCUGGUUUUGCUCGACUUUGCCCAGGAGACCAGUAUGAAAUUUUCAUGCGAUAUGGACGUCAGAGAUGGAAAUUGAAAGGCAAAAUAGAAGUCAAUGGCAAGCAAAGCUGGGAUGGAGAAGAAAUGAUCUUCUUUCCUCUGAUCGUUGGCCUAAUCUCCAUUAAGGUCACAGAAUUGAAAGGUCUUGCUACUCACAUUCUGGUGGGAAGCGUGACCUGUGAAACAAAAGACUUGUUUGCUGCUCAGCCUCAAGUUGUAGCUGUGGAUAUCAAUGACCUUGGCACAAUAAAGCUGAAUCUGGAAAUCACUUGGCACCCAUUUGAUGUUGAAGAUGUGACUCCAUCCACAGUGAACACAAGUAAAGCAUCUGCUCUCCAAAGAAGGAUGUCCAUGUACAGUCAAGGUACUCCAGAAACGCCAACAUUCAAGGAUCGCUCUUUCUUUAAAUGGCGUCAUCCUCCACAAGACAAGCUCCAGUUUUCCAUUUUAGAUGCUCUUCAGGACACUUUUUUUGACAAGCUGCGUCGCAGUCGCUCCUUUAGUGACCUACCAUCCCUCAGAUUAAGGCCUAGAGCAGGGCUAGAAAACUAUUCAAAUUUAGCUGAUGAUGUCUUUGGAGCAACAGAAAAUGAGAAAAGGCCACUGUCUUACAGCUUCAGUGACAUCCCCAAUGGAGACUGCACUUUGUCGUCCACUUCAGUAGGCUCUUCUACUGCCAUAGAUAAUUCUAAUCCUGAAAUUACUGUCACACCCCCAGAACACAAUGCUCAAAAGUUAUCCAAAACUCACAUUAUGGACAAUAUCAGUACAAGCUCAUCUGUAGACUCUACACCUGAAUCCAAAGACUUAAAAUCACAAGAGCAUUUUCUAGCUGAUGAUGAAAAGAAGUCUUCAAGUAUAGAUUCUGAAGUUUGCCAAAAGUCUCCGCAUUCAAGGAGCAGCACCCUGUUCUUAGAUAAUAACGCCCCAGUGUCACUUCUUCAGGAAACAGAUGAGUUAUCAGAGCUGAAGCCAGUGGAACUGGAUACCUUUGAAGGCAACAUUACCAAGCAGCUGGUUAAAAGACUUAAUUCAGGAGAAGUCCCAAUGACACCUGAGAAGCUGCGUUGUGAAGGAUCCAUAAGUGGCGAAUCCGAAGGCUAUAAAUCCUGUGUAGAUGGAAGCCUAGAAGAAGCAUUUCAGGGACUUAUUCUUGCACUGGAGCCUCAUAAAGAUCAAUUCAAAGAAUUCCAAGAUUUGGACCAAGAAAUAACACACCUUGAUGAAAUCCUAAAAUGUAGAUUGGCAGUAAAUCACAGUAGGUCAUCCAGUUUAAGUCUAACUGUUGAGAGUGCCCUGGAAAGCUUUGACUUCCUCAACACCUCUGACUUUGAAGACGAUGGUGGUACUGAAGAGCUGUGCGAUGGGGGGCGAGGCACUGACUCUGUGUUUUCAGAUAAUGACGUUGAGAAACACAGUUACAGGUCAGAACACCCAGAAGCCAGAGGGCAUCUCAGCGAAGCAUUGACAGAAGACACGGGAGUUGGCACCAGUGUGGCUGGAAGCCCUCUUCCGCUGACCACGGGGAACGAAAGCCUGGAUGUCACUAUCGUCAAGCACUUACAGUAUUGCACACAGCUGGUACAGCAAAUUGUGUUCUCCAACAAAACGCCAUUUCUAACAAGAUACCUCCUAGACAAGCUGACCCAGCAAAUUCUAGUGAUUGAGAGUCUAGCAGAGCUCAGCAAUGAGAAUAUGGGGAAUUUCAGGCCCAUAACUGAAGCUAUUCCAGAUUUUCAGAAAAGGAUCUCUCUGCUUUCCUUCUGGAAUAAAUGUACCAGUUCGUCUGGACUGUAUCACACUUCUGCAGACAAGAUGAUCAAACAACUCGAUGCCAGUUUUGGCACAACGGUGAAUGAUGAGUGCCCAGGACUCGCAGAGACAGUGUUUAAAACAUUGGUAUCCCAUAUUGUGGACCGCACCGAGCCUGUCCUCUCCUCCAGUCUGUCCUUGGAAGUCAUAACAGUUUUUCAGUAUUACAGCUAUUUUGCCAACAAAAAUGUUAGUGAUCUGGCGAAUUAUUUGCUUCAGCUUGCCAGAGAAGCUCUAAUGGUUCAGACUCUACAGUCCUUAAGAGAUGAAAAGGUCUUGCAGAAUAAAGCCGCUUUAACCUCCAUCAGCCUUCCACCGCAGCAGGAGGUGCUAAAGUCUUUGGCGCUGCUCCUUCUGACUGAAAACAAGAGAGAGAUCCAUGAGGCUGUAGUAUCAAUACUGUCAGCUGCAGCAGCAGAAGACAAGCAAUUCAGGGAAAAGGCUUUAAUUUAUUACUGUGAAACGCUUGCACAGCCCAACCUCCACCUCCAGAAGGCAGCUUGCCUGGCUCUGAAAUGCCUCCAGGCAACAGAAAGUAUUAAAAUGUUGGCUACCCUUUGCCAGUCGGAUAAUGAAGAAAUCAGGAAGAUAGCCUCUGAAACCCUGCUCUCUCUUGGGGAAGAUGGACGGCUGGCCUAUGAACAACUAGAUAAAUUUCCCCGUGAAUCCAUUAAGAUUGGUGGACGACGUGCAGCUGAGGUGGCCACAGCUUUUUAAGUUGUGUAUUCAGACACAACGCCCUCAAUGGUGGACCUUCUUAAUCAUUAUGGUGCUGUCACUGAACUGCAGGAAUAAAAAAAAAAUACUCAUUUGAAAGAUGCUCUGGACAUUAGAAAAAUAAUAAUUAUGGAGGAUAUAGUUUCUGGGAUGCUGCUGCUGACUUUUCCCUGUUGCUUAUAGUGAAACUGUCAAAGAUUGUGAUGAUUUGCUUUAGAGUGAAACUAUGUUCUUGCUAUAAAUCAGCCCCAGCAAACAUGAGAGAUGUUUUGAUAUCACCAUUCAGGCAUUUUUAACUGAAUUAGGGGCUUGUUUGUAGGCAUUACUGAGGCUUCCCUUAAAACAAUAAAAAGAGAUGAUGAGAAAGAAAGCUGAAUAGAAAUGUUAAAAGCUGUGCUAACUUCCUUAUGUGCUUUUCCUCUGUUGCCUUAGUAGCAAAAUUGAGCAUGAACUGCCCUCAGCUGAUGAGCUGCCUCCGGAAACAGCAGGAUGCGAACUCCAGGAGGUGUUAAUUUUCUGACUCACUUCCAGUUUCCAUUCUUGCUUUUUUCCCUGCCCUCCGCUAAUGAACUCUCAUUAAUCCCAAGGGGUUUUCUUUUCUUGUCAAGCAAUUGUGUGGGCCGUGUGAAACAAGUGGAAAUGUUGAAGUGUGCUCCUUUUUCCCAGAAAGGGCAUAUGAAUGCAAUAGAUUUUAUUACAUGAAAGCCCUGGCUACGGUUUUGCACCUCCAAAAUUUGAAGAAGAUUGAAGUUGUCUGCUGUUAUGUAUAAAGAAUUGUAGAAUUGAUUUCCAUAUAGGGGGAUAUGAGGAAAGGGUCUUUGGAACUACUUGUAGUUCAAGCCAUUUUACAAACACUUCUCCUUCACAUAAUGUACAAUAGUUUGAGUGACAGAGAGCAUGGUCUUGUGCAGACUUACUCAGAAGUAAAUCCUCUUGAAUCCAACAAAGCUAAUUUCUAGUUUGCGUGGAACUUCAAAUUGGAUGAUUCAUUAAAACCCUUACUAUUUUCCUUUAUUUAAAGUUACUGGUAUUUGAAACAGCUGGUUCCUCUAUAGCUCUUGGAUUUUCUGGGUUUUUUUUUUUUCGUGUCAGGAGCAACUUGAGUCGCUCCUGGAGUGAGAGAAUUGGCCGUUUGCAAGGACGUUGCUGAGGGGACGCCCGGAUGUUUUGAUGUUUUUACCAUCCUUGUGGGAGGCUUCUCUCAUGUCCCCACAUGGAGCUGGAGCUGAUAGAGGGAGCUCAUCUGCGCUCUCCCCAGGUGGGAUUCGAACCUGGUCAGCAACUCAACCUUCACGUCACAAGGCUUUAACCCACUACUCCCCCGGGGGCUCCCGGAUUACUGGGUGGGGUAAAGGGAUUAUUCAUCAAUGUUUUAAGACCUGCAAGGUUUCAAGUUGUUUUAAAAAUAUAAUCGAAUCAGUUUUUCCCUUUGCAAAUGCACUGUGAAGACAGUAUUUUUGAUUGUGAAUGUUGCAACACUGUAUAUAGCUGUAUAUUUAUAAAUUAUAUAUAAAUUUUCUCCAAUUAAAAAGUUGUUUGUACAGUCACUCCAAGAGAUUUGCUUCAAGAAAAUGUCUCUUAUAACACGUGAAAUAAUGAUGCUUUAGUUUUUACAGCACACACUGCUCACUCGAGCCUGCAGUCUUUCAUGGUUGUCUUUUGUACUGACUUUUGGCUUAUAUUUGCCUUCUAGUUUUGUGGUAUUUGUACUUUGCAUAUUUACUGCUACUUUUAAGUUAUAAUAAAGAUUAUUUUGAAUUACUAAA